GAGGGGUAGGCCGAGUUCUUCACACGACAAUCAGCUCCCUCAUCAUGGCGCUCAUACAAACGAGCUUGAUCUGGGUGGCCUAUGCUAUCGCCAUCGUUCUGCUCCUGGCCAUAGCCUCCGUAUUUGUCUUUAUUUACCAGGCUCCGCGAGAUCGCGCGGCUUCCGUCACGAUCGUAUCGAUCUUCACAACAUUGGCUUUGCUUGCAACGGUUCUCCUUCUGCCUGUCGAUGUCGCCCUCGUAUCUUCGACUUCCCUUUCUAGCCAGGGCCGCAAGAAGGACUGGGCCAGUCCGGAUCGUGUCAACAACAUCCUAUACACUCUAAAGAUUGUUUACUAUACACUGUUUUCGCUUGACGCACUCCUUUGCUUGUUGGUCGUGCCUUUCACCUAUUUCUGGUACGAGGAGUACGAUGACGAUGCAGCUGAAUCAGGCGAGCAGACCGUCGGUCAGCGUUUCUGGGGCGCUUUCAAGUAUACCAUUGCGUUCAUAUUGUUCGUGGUCAUCAUCUUCCUGGUUGGCUUCUUCGCCCCAUUCGCGAAACAAGCCAAACAUGACCAGCAGCUGGACCUAGACUACUUCAAGAGGUUACUACAAGAGAAUCACGGAGAACGUGCACUUACGUUCGCACUCGGACUACUCACUACCAUCGGAACCUUAGUUUACAUCCUAUAUACUGGUGCCGGACUGGCGUUGCUCCCCGUGUCUCUGAUCAAAUCCGCCCCUUCGAUUUCAGCCCCUGCGCUGGCUGCCAACACAGCAUCACAACUUGAGCAGAACCGUGAGCGCCAGAGACAACUUGAAGGCCGCAAUGAAGGCCGAGAUGGUGGCCUGGAUUCUAGAGACAGGCGAGAGCUGGAGGCGCUCAUUCGUGAGGAGCGAACACUUAUUCGACGAGAACGCUUGGCGGCAGAAUCCAGCGGCGAAGACCGUCAUUUCCUCGUCAAGGCUUGGAUCAAGAUCGAGGCAGUCUUCCGUCCCCUCAAGCUUCUCGGUGGUCUCCUCUUGAUGAUUGUAGCUCUACUGGUGUUCACGAGCAUGCUUAUCACCGCUAUUGACAAGGCGAAGAACUCGAUCUGCAAAUCUCAUUGUGGUUACAUACUGGGAAAGAUCAACAUCUUCCAACCUAUCAACUGGAUACUCGUCAAAUCCUCGAAGGUCUUCCCCAUUGAUUACGUUAUCUUCCUCUUGCUAGUUCUCUUCUUCUUUUCUGCCUCGAUCGUCGGGAUUGCAACCAUUGGCAUCCGCUUCCUCUGGAUCACUAUUUUCAAGAUCCGCAAGGGCCACACCUCUCCUCAGGCAUUGCUGCUGGCUACGGUGCUGCUAAAUCUCAUUGUCCUAGCCAUCAACUAUUCCGUCGCAAUGGUAGUCGCGCCACAGUACGCAACGUUCGGUCCUCAAACGUUCUGUGAUCGACCUCCACGCCAUGCUGGAGAGCAGCCCGACUGCACAAAGGACGGCGGUGCUAUCAAGCCAUGCACAGAGCUCGCCGAUAAUCCGGUCGCAAAGGAUGUCUGCACUCCGAGUGUAAUCAGUACCUUCCUCAACCGUGUUACUAUCAACUUCCCCUUCUUCGGUGUAGUUUUGUUCUGGGCACAAUUCGCCUUCUUGGGCGUCUACAUCAUCGUCUUUUUGACAACGCUUUUCAGGACACCUAAGCUAGACCAAGAACAAGUCGACCGAGAUCUAGAAGAGGAGGAAGAGGAGGGCCUUUUGGCAAGCACAGGCAGGCGGUUCGGUGCUACAUGGCAGGACAUCACCGGCCGUUCGAAGAAGAACAACUACGGUUCCACGGAGAGGAACGGAGAGCGAAGCUAAAUCAAAAACAACAAGCCGUUCGGAUUUCCCUAAAAUUGUCGUCUCAAGUUCACGCACAGUCGGUUCUCUGGUUGGUUCUGGGUGGGUUUCAUUAGGCAAUCAAACGAGUGUGCAUACUUGGGCUGGGUUGGGUUGGGUUUCCUCAUACUAAUAGUCAUGAUACCUCGAUUAUCGGUUGGGCAUGGGUUUUUUAAGGUUGUCUUUAAGUCUGUUUUCUUUGUGUUAGUUUAUCAAACUUCAAUCGUACAUCUGCUCCUCUGCGUCCAUUCCAUCAUAUCUGAUAAUCCCGUUCCCCAUGUUGAUACCAAAUACGACCCUCCCUAUGUCCCAACACGAAAGGAAAUCCGAGGAGCAGAUUCAUGAACAGUAACAAAGAGCCCCCUACC